AUCUGUGGCUGGCGGGUCGCAAAUGACCGCGGACCCCUAAACGCGACUCUGCGCCGCGCUGAUUGGCCGAGAGGGCGCGGCAGCGUCAUCGCGAAAGUGAUGGCGGCCAGCAACAAGCGAAUCCUCUACGUCGGCGGGCUGGCGGAGGAGGUGGACGAGAAGGUUUUACAUGCCGCGUUCAUCCCAUUCGGGGACAUCGUGGACAUCCAGAUGCCGCUCGACUAUGAGACAGAAAAGCACCGGGGUUUUGGGUUCGUGGAGUUUGAAGCUGCAGAGGAUUCUGCAGCAGCAAUCGACAACAUGAAUGAGUCGGAGCUGUUUGGUCGCACCAUCCGCGUGAACCUCGCUAAACCCAUGAGGCUCAAGGAGGGCUCCAUGCGACCAGUGUGGUCGGACGACAACUGGCUGAAAAGGUUUUCUGGGAAGACCAUGGAGACAGAGGAAAAGGGUGGAGAAAAAGUGGAGGAUGUCGCAAAGACGGAGGUUCAGGAGGGGGAACCGCCAGCAAAGCGUAUUCGAGCAAAUCCCCAGGUGUACAUGGACAUAAAGAUCGGCAACAAGCCAGCCGGGCGACUGCGCAUCCUUCUGCGGGCUGACAUUGUGCCCAUGACAGCAGAUAACUUCCGCAGCCUGUGCACGCACGAGAAGGGCUUUGGCUACAAGGGCAGCUGCUUCCACCGCGUGAUCCCGCAGUUCAUGUGCCAAGGGGGCGACUUCACCAACCACAAUGGCACCGGCGGGAAGUCCAUAUACGGGCGGAAGUUUGAAGACGAGAACUUCAUCCUCAAGCACACGGGCCCCGGCACGGUCUCGAUGGCCAACUCGGGGCCCAACACGAACGGCUCUCAGUUCUUCAUCUCGUGCGAUCGCACGGACUGGCUGGACGGCAAGCACGUCGUGGUGGGGGAGCUCACCGAAGGCAUGGACGUGCUCCGAAAAAUGGAGGCUCAGGGCACGAAGGACGGAAAGCCGCGCGAGAAGAUUAUCAUCUCCGACUGCGGGGAGUUGGAGUGAAGGAGCGGCGCUCGCGCUCAUUCACACGAUCGCGCGAACACCGUCCUGCAUCGCCGCAGCGGCCUUUGAGCCUCGACUGUUUCAUGACGUGGCCAUGGGCGAUUCGUUGCUUUGUGGGGCUUGGACACGGCCACGCAUCUCGUCGCAUCGAAGCCAAUCGAUUGUAAACGUAAUAACGGGCAUCGCACGCGCACUGAUUGGAGGUGGCGGGGGUACGGGGAGGAACUGUGCAUCCGUAGACGCGGAAUGACCCUGGUUUAAUGUAUUUUUAUACCUGAAAUCUUAAUGGAAUGAAAAAUGUCGAGCUGUUUUUUUGUAAUAAAAAUGCGUUUAUUUGUUUCGCCAUGAAGGGGUUUCAUGGCGUUACGUAUCGUCAAACUGCGUUUACUAGAUAGUACUUUACAGCUUUGUGUGAAUCCGUUGCUGGAUCCAAGGCCCUCCUCCAUGCCAUGUUGGUCCUGGGGGUUAUUUGGCCACACAUCACAUUGGUGAGCGCGCUCACGAGCGGGAAAAACCUGCCACUGAUAUUAGCCGUGGUCUGGAAACAAACUCCGGUGGUCGUUGCUUCAUCUUAUCUUCACGGAAUGUAUAUAGCACCUUAACCAAGGCGCUUCACACGGAAUUAACAGUUCUUGUGAGUGUAAUGAUGGAGAUGAGGUGAAUGAAAUGGAUGACGGGAAGCAAUGGGCAAAUCCGUGGUGAUGCGUGAAAUCGGUGAAAGCGACAUUUACAUUAAAUGACGAAUGAAUGGGGAAUGAGUGCUAGCCAUAUAAUGAGAAAAUGAAGAGGGAAAAGUAACGGUGGUGGUUAUAAGGGGGAGAUUAAGGGGUCGUGGUGUGAGCUAGGGAACAAUUAGCGGGUUUUGGAGUUGGCAGAAACUCGUGAGCGAAGGUGACCGCUUAACGUGGAGGGGGAAGUUUGUUCCAGUAAAGUGGAGGUGAGAAGAGAUAAGAGGACGAAAGCAGUACGCCGCCAUCCUCCACACCACUGCAACCCCACUGAUGUAUUUAUUUCAUAUGCUUUGUGUAAAUACAGUCGUCUGAUCCUUCUACGUAGCCUUAAAUGUUGAUCAAUCGCUGGUUUAUAAAUUUGACAUGAUUUUUCACGCUCGUAAGUUUUUAGAAUAAAUAUAUUUUUUACGUCACCAA